AACACUCAUUGGAAUGUUUUGUCUAUUCCUCUGUUCUCUCUCUCUCUCUCUACUAAACACCCAUGGGUCAUUGUUUCUUCAUCUGAUCCAACAUAAGCCGAACAAGAGUGAUUAAUUAAAAAAAAAAAAAAGAAGAUGAAGUUGUUGGGUAAGAACCACACGAACAGCGAGAAGAAGAAGAACUACGCAGUGAAACUGAAUCAAUUGAAGCUUGACACAGGACUGUUCGGAGGCAGGGUUCUAACCGCCGCAAAUGACAAGGUUGCCAUUCAGAUUGUUUCAGAGACAUCAACAUCGUCUUCUACGAAGAAGAAACCAAACCCUCCUCCUUCUUCUUCUUCUUCUAAACAACCUCUCUCAUCACUUCUCAUGAUUCCGUUUCAUCGGAAUCCAAAAUCACGAUGCACUCACACCACUCCCGCUACAAGAUUCCUCAGCUCCACCAAAGCAACUUCUUUCACGUGGGACGCACGUGACCUCUCCAAUUUCCAUCUUCUCCUCAAACAAAGUGGCUCUUCACAUGCCUUAGACAUCGCAUUUGAUUUUCAUGUCUUAUAUGGAGAGGGUGUAGUGGGAGAAUCCGACGGCGAAAUGACGGUGGUCGGAAAAGCUUCGACGAUCGUUGCCGUGGAGGAGGAGAUGAUGAAGAAGACGGAGUCCAAUUCUUCUUCUCAUCGGAAUCUUCAAAGAAAGCUUCCAAUCAAAUUGCGGGUCAAUGGCUUAUCCAUCGAAGCCUCCCUUUCGGUGUCAAUGAAGUUAAUGAAGAUGAAGAAUUCUGAGGAUGACUCGGCAAGACCAAUUAAAAACUCGGUUGAGCCAAAGAGACACGCCAUCAUAGAAAGAGUGAAGUAUCUAACAAGCUUGACCAACAGGGGCAAAAACGGAAAACUACUUCACACAGGGAUUGGAACGGAACAAACGAGUCCAUACGAGUCAGAUGGAUCUCCCGUGUUUGACUCAGAUGACUCGUCCGAAUCCACAUCAAGCAGUGGGAGUAGUGGUAGUAAUAAUAGUAGUAUUAUAAUUGAGAAUGAUCAUAACUCGGGGUCAAGACUCGGUAAAAGUAGUAAUAAAAAUGGGUGUUGCGAGAGUGAGAGGUUUAUGGGGUCAUCGGUUCCAAGGUCGCGUUUGGAUGGAACAGCGAAUAGGAGCCGGUUGCAGUUGUCACGGACUAGAAGCUUCACUGAAUUUGGAUCCAAUACAAUCACAACCAAACAACAAUUUCAACUCACGACUCGUUCAAGUGCUCUCACGAAAUCACAUGAAGUUUCUUCACAUUCACGCUAUGAAGACAAGAACUGCAGUUCAAGCAGAUGGAAAAGCAAAGAGAUUUCAAGCAGGGAUGGGAAAUUAAAGCUGAAAACAAACGUGUUCUUGGCUUCCUUUGACCAAAUGAGUGAACAAGCCUCUGGCGACAGUGCUUGCACAGUGUUAGUUGCCCUCAUAGCACACUGGCUCCACUCCAACCACAACAUGCCAACAAUGUCCCAAUUUGACCACCUCAUCACACAAGGUUCCUCUGAAUGGAGAAAACUAUGCAGGAGUGAUUACUACUUGACUCUAUUCCCUGACAAGCAUUUUGACCUUGAGACAGUCCUAGAGGCCAAUUUGAGACCCAUAAUUGUUGUACCACAAGAAUCAUAUACAGGUUUUUUCUCCCCAGAGAAGUUCCAAUGCUUGAAAGGUGCUAUGUCCUUUGACCAAAUUUGGGAUGAGAUAAGAACCAAGGUGGAUGAAAAUCAUAACAAGCCAAGAAUAUACAUAGUGAGUUGGAAUGACCAUUUCUUUGUUCUAAAGGUAGAAAAGGAUGCUUACUAUGUCAUUGAUUCAUUGGGGGAAAGGCUCUAUGAAGGGUGCCAACAAGCAUUCAUAUUGAAGUUUGAUGAAUCUAGUGUUAUGUAUGGUGCUUCAAGCAGAAACAUUGUCGGCGGCAAUGGUAGUGGCAGAAGAUUCGAGGCGGUUUGCCACGGAAAAGAGUGUUGUAAAGGGUUCAUCAAGAGGUUUCUUGCUGCUAUACAAGUUAGGCAACUAGAGAAGGAAGAGAAGAAAGGGAAUGUUUCAAAUCCAUUUCUUCAUAGGCAAUUGCAGAUCGACUUCCAUUAUAGCACCAUUUCAUCAACUUCCUCUGCUAUUAGGCAUUAAAACCUGUUCUGUAGUUGUUUUAGGAUACAAAACAAGAACUGGGAUAGUAAACACAAAAGGUUUCGCUUUUGCGAGUUAAGUCCAAAAGUGGUCCCUAAAAUUGGUGAUUUGUACCAAUUUGGUCCCUGAGAUCCUAAUAGUCCCUUGUAUUCUGAAAAAUGCAUCAAAUUAGUCCUAUUUUUCGAA